UCAUCCAUAUAUUUUGACAGAGUAAGCUCAGUGUUGUGAUUGUGAAGCGAUGACGCGUGGAGUGGGCGGGGCCACAGAGGAAACAGACAAACUCGCGCUCGCUGGCGGAGUGUUUACACACACACACACACACACACACACACCCCUCCACACACUACGAAGAGCGCAGAGCGACACAAACCCUUUAUUUAUGAUAUUCAGAAUUGUCAUUGCCUGAUUUCUCAGUACCUGGCUUUCGUUUGUUUUGAUUUUUCGUUUCGGCCGAACUAAACCAUGGCAGUUUGUUAGAAGCUGCACUUGAAGAGCAAGUCCGAGUCUUUUCAUGUUGGAUCGGAGGCACUGCGAUGCCCUCUGAUUUCACCUCGCUCUUCAGCGCGGAUGUCGACCUCGAUUCGCCCAAUUCCCUCUACUCCAAAGAAUCGGUAUAUGAUCUUCUCCCGAAAGAGCUUCAGCUGCCAUCUUCUAGAGAGCAGAACGUAGCCGCCAUGAGUCAGAAAAGUGGUGGAGAGGCUGGACCUCCGCCGUCGACGGCUCUCGCCACAGAUGCCUCGUCCGUCUCUUCUGCUUUGAGCAUGGGAAGUCCUCGCAGUGCUUUUCCCACCUCUUUCACCUCAGCUUCAGAGCGGAUCGCCGUGCACGAGAGCAGCACACCGGGAGAUGUUAGCAAUCAAAGAAAAGCAGAGGUUCUGGCUGCUGAAAACAAGCUUUCCGGUCGAGAAGAAGGUGGCCAGCAGACCCAGCAGCAGCACCAGAUGACACCCUCCAAACGGCCUGUCCUCAACAUCUCGCCUCCACCAGAGGACCUGUUCGAUGAGAGCAACAUGUCCUGCCAGGAUGAGCUCUUUCUCGACUCGGAGCAGAGUAGCAACAUCUGGAUAGAAAAGUCGGUGUCCAACUUCAGCAUUGUGAGCUCCAGCUCCUACAAUGACAACACCGAAGUUCCCCGCAAGGCCCGCAAGUGCACCCCGCGACAGAAGCCCGGGCCAAAAUCGGUCCCUGCUGAAGAGGUCAGCAUGGAUGUGUUUGAUGCAGAUAGUGCCAAAGGUCCACACUUUGUGCUCUCGCAACUUGGCCCAGACAGCAAGACCUGUUCCAAAGCAAACUCUGAUGGACCACAAGCUUCUGGCCUUAAAGGUGGGAUACUGUCUCGUCAGUAUCCUCAGAAAAGUGAAGGGAAAGAACUGAAGAUUGUGGUGCAGCCUGAGACUCAGCAUAGAGCGCGUUACCUAACUGAAGGCAGCCGUGGGUCUGUGAAAGACAGAACACAGCAGGGUUUCCCUACUAUCAAGCUCGAGGGUGUGAAGGAGUCAGUGGUCCUGCAGAUUUUUGUCGCCAAUGAUGCUGGACGUGUAAAGCCCCAUGGCUUCUACCAGGCUUGCAGAGUUACUGGCCGUAACACAACCACCUGUAGGGAAGUGGACAUCGAAGGCACCACUGUCAUCGAAGUGCCUCUGGAUCCCAGCAGCAAUAUGACUCUGGCUGUAGACUGCGUGGGGAUCCUAAAGCUCAGGAAUGCUGAUGUGGAGGCCCGUAUUGGGGUGGCUGGAUCUAAGAGGAAGAGCACCCGCGCCAGACUGGUGUUUCGAGUCAACAUCCAACGCCCGGAUGGCUCUGUGCUCACAUUACAGACCUCUUCGUCUCCCAUACUGUGCACCCAGCCUGCAGGAGUACCUGAGAUUCUCAAGAAGAGUUUGCACAGCUGUUCAGUUAAAGGGGGGAGUGAAGUCUUUAUUAUUGGAAAAAACUUUCUCAAAGGAACCAAGGUCUUAUUUCAGGAGAGUGCUUCAGAUGAUAAAUCCUGGAAGGCAGAGGCUGACAUUGACAUGGAGUUUUUCCAUCAGAAUCACCUUAUUGUCAAAGUCCCUCCAUAUCAAAAUCCAGCUAUCACAUCUCCUGUAUCUGUUGGUAUCUAUGUUGUUACGAAUGCUGGACGUUCCCAUGAUGUUCAACCAUUUACAUACACUCCAGAGCCAGAAACAUGCUCUUUUACAGUUGUCGAUGCUUCUGUGAAAAAGGAAGUCUUGCCUCCAGUGACACCUUGUUGUUUUGAACAAAUGAAAGUAAUAGAUACCGCCUUGCUGACGCCAGUUUUGCCUCUUGUUAAACGAGAAGAGGUCACUCCAAUGGAGGUCUCCAGUAAACCUUCGGCUUUCAAGACCUCUGAAGUCAUCAGUUCAGCCCAGCAAACCUUAGAUAUGAGUGCCGAGGACUCCACCAAUAACUGCAAAUUUUCCAGUCCACUGGUACACCAAACAAGAGAACAGGAUCAAUCUCAGAACUCUGUCUUUUCCAACAAAGAACCAUUCAGCACCAUCCAGGAACAGAGUCUUGCACCCAGUGGCUCUUUCCAUGUGCCUAAUAAAUCUCUACUUCAGCAAGGAGCUCAGCCAUUCCUCUUGGAACACAGAGAGAGUCUAGAACAGGAGAGGACAGGCAACAGUGGUGGUUCAGUGGUGAGGCUUUCCCAGAUUGGUGACAACUCACAGCAGCAGCUCUCACUUCUACCUCCAGAUGAGGUGGCACAGCUGGAGCAGGCUGUACGGCAGCUGCAAGCGAAGGGAUUCUGCAACAUCCAUCUCCAGAGUGAGAAUUCACUCUCAAAACAAAGACACCAUCAACUUCAACAGCAGCAAUUCCAACAGCACCAGCAGCAAAUCCAACAUCAGCAGCAGCAAAUCCAGCAGCAGCAGCAGCACAUCCAGCAACAAGAGCAACAAAUCCAGUUGCAGCAGCAGCAACACCAGCAGCAGCAAGCUCUGGAGAACCUUCAACAUCAGCUCUUUCAGCCCCAGGUUCAGAUACAUUGUAGUUCAGAGCAGCAGAGCUCUUCCAAAGGUAUAGUGCAGAAUGGAAGUUCCCUCUUCCAGCAAACCCCAGCCCAAGAGCAGCAGCAACAAGCAUCCCUGUUUCAACAAGCAACUGGCUUUCUUCAGCAGCAGCCCAGUCAUUCCCCACCUUCUCUGUUUCACAACCCUACAGCCAUGACCGAAUCCCAAAGCCCACAGGAGGCUCUUUUCCACACACAGAAGACCUCACCCAGUCAGGAUCAGGUCCAAGCUUCCCUUUUCCAAAACAAUCAGACAAUUCUUAGUAGGUCCAACAUGUCAGCGGAAGCUCACCCAUCUACGACCAGUAUGUUUCUUUCCCAAAAUGCCAUACCAGGUCAACUUGCCAUUAACGCCGGCCAGCCACAGCAACUGGCCUUUCACACUUCUAUGCAGACAUCUUCUCUCGAGGCACCAUCUGUAUUUCCGACUCCACCCCAACUGUCCCCCAUUCAGCAAGGCACUCCGAUGGAGCAGCAGCAAUCACCACAGCAUACCCAACCUGGAUCCAUGUUCCAGAGCAUCUCCCAGUCAGCAAGCAAACUUCCCUCUGGUCAGCAGCAGCAGGCUGGUCUACUCCUCGGUUCCUUAAAUUCUCCAGUGACACAAGAGCAAACUUCCAAUUUGUUAUUUGGUGGGCAAGUCCAGAUAGGAUCGAUGAACAACAGUAGCCUAUCUUCUCCAGAACAACAGAACACUUCCCUUCCCUUUUCUCAGACCGGCAUGGUUACAGUCAGGCAGCAGGAGUCACCUGAACCCAUGACAUUUCAGGAUCAGACUACUAUGGGGGUCAGCCCCUCCUCAAAUAAGCCCAUCUUCCAAGACCAGCAACCAAUGCAGUUGGCACCAAGUUCUGGUAUAGGCCCUUCACAGUCUGUAAACCUCUUCAUGGCCCAAUCCAGCAUGCAAGGGAGUAUGGCUUCUCAAGAAACCAUUUUUGCAUCACAGAGUGAUGUAAGCCGAAUUCAGACUAGCACUUCCUCUCCAGUACAACAGCCUGGUCAACUCUUUCAGACCACAAUGAGUGGAAGCCUCAACCAGCCCAAUCAGAAUCAGCAGCCAGACCUGUUCCUCUUUGAGAUUCAGAACGAGUGCCGUCAGCUAAUGAACAGCCAAGGAUCUACACUGUCUGACCAGAUCAUUGCCAUCAAUCAGUCUGGACAGACUCAGCAAGAGAGUGAAGAUCAAAUCCAGUCUUUACUUGGGCAGCCUAUAGCAGACCCAGGAACUGUGCAAACCACCUUGACAACCUCUCAGAACAUGGAGAAGAUUGACCACCUUCUGGUGAGCCUACAGGAGCAAGCCAAUAACAUCUCCCACUCCUACUAGGGCCUUCAAGGUGUGGCUUCCCAAUCCAUUCCAUACAUGAUUGUAGAUAUUUCUUGCAGACAUAUACACAGAGCAAGCCAUUCACUCUAUAUAUUGGCACUAAGAAGAUCAGGACACACGGGAUGACUGCAGUUAUGCCUGAACAUGAUUCGUGGACACCCCACUUUCUCAGUGAGCCUCGGAUAACUUUGUGAUGUCUGUUUUUAACUGUUUAACAUAAUCAAGGAUGCUUGACAGAAGCAGUCUGCAGUGAGAUUUUUAUUUUCAACACUUUUGCAAACAGUCAUUAAUACCUUUCUGUCUCGGUACACUUGAGUAUCUAUAAGCUAUUUUGCUUUUGUAAAAUUAUUUUAUGCAGUCAAACGGGGAAAGAAGAUAUCUAAGUGAGAAAUGUGUUUUUGGCAUUUUCCCCCUAGCACUUUAUAUAUGUUUUCAGUAUGACUCGUUGACAUUUCAUCAAGAUGUCUAUCUCAGACCAUGUUUACUGUAUUAAUAAUUCUAGUGUCUUUGGACUUCUAUUUUAGACUAAUCUCUAUAAUACUAUACCAAUUAGAAAUGUUUAUUCCUGCUUUAAAAAAGCACUUAGCAGUAAUCUGAAAAACAAAUAGCUUCUGAUAUUUAUGUUUUGAUUAUGGUUUACAUAAGUAAAUUUAAUUGGUGUUUGCUUUGUUUUGCAUGUCAGAGUGUCCUAUAUUAACAUGUGUAUGUGUGACAUAUUAUUUUAUGUGUCUUUUACUGAUUCUAAAAUAUUGAUAGUUUAUGCGUAUAUCAUGCUGUGUCAUUGUGAUGGUUUGGGUUGUUUUAUUUGCCAGUGUCUGGUAUGCUGGAACAAGGCCGAUUGUUUUUAUUGGCAAAUCAGAAGGGAGUGUCCAACAAGUAUUAUCGACACGUUCUCUGAACAUACUGGCAUACAGUAAAUACACAUGCUGAAUAUGUUGGGGAAGCAACCCUUUAUCUUUUGUAGCAGAAAUAGUUUUUUAAUCAAUUUAAAAUUUGUAUAGCCAAUGAAUAGCCAUCAGCAUGUCAAAACCGAAGACCAUGUUUAACCUUUGAUCUAUAUUGGCCGUUUUCAUGGCUCAGGUGAUUUUUAAUAUUCGGCUAUGAAGUGAGUUUGUUUUGAAUGUACUGUAGAGAAACAUCACGUGAGCUGUGCAUUUAAAGGGAUACUCCACCCACUGAUGGCAGACGGACUAUUCUGAUGACGUCUUUCAUACUUUUCUGGACCUUGAAAGUGUAACUUAUUUGGCAGUCAAUGGGACAGACACAAGCCUCCC